UACCAAUUCCUUGGAUUUUUUUAAUAGACAAAUGUGUCUUGGAUUCCUUGGCACCUUUCUAUAGUUCGGACCUGGAUGCCUUGAACUCUCAGCCUGGAACCAAACCACAGGAACAUUUUUCUGUGUGCUGGACUGCUGGACUUCAGGUGAUUGGCUUGUUUCUUCCCCGCUCCAAGGCCUCGUGCUAGGGGCCGGUACCUUCUCUCUAUGGUGCCUUGUUCUGCCCCUCUGUGUUCUUUGCUUGUGUUCUUUAUGUAGCAGGCUGCCGGCACCCUUGGAGCCUACACAAGUUUCUCCCUACGCCUUUUCUGUUUCAGGAGGUUGGCUAAUGGCAUACUCUUCAUUUUCUCUUUUCUUGUUGAGCAAGGAGACGGGGGCAUUGUAUACAUAGACCUGACUUCUUUCCUUCGCUUCCCUUUCCUCGAGAAACACCAGCACAGUGGCAAAAGAAGUUAGAAGUAGUGUGGUUUUGGUCAUCCUUGCUUGGAUUGCUUCAAGAGAAGUUUCCUCUUCCUUCCCCGGAUGCUCAAAUUCGAUGUCGGGGAUUUGGGGGUUGCUUUCAUAGAGAUCCAACUUGGCUGAAGCAAUAUAUGCAUUCCGGCCAUCAUCUUCAGAGUCCACCAAGCAUGUCGCCGUCGCUGCUGUCGAAGCUGCGGUUGGUCACCGUGGACGUGACGGGCACCCUGAUCGCCUACAAGGGCCAGCUCGGCGACUACUACUGCAUGGCGGCCAAGUCCGCCGGGAUGCCGUGCCCGGACUACGAGCGCGUGCACCAGGGCUUCAAGCUCGCCUACGCCGAGAUGAGCCGGCGGCACCCGUGCUUCGGCCACGCCGCCGCCAUGCCCAAUGCCGAGUGGUGGAAGGUGUGCGUCAGGGACUCCUUCGCCAUGGCCGGCUACGACUACGACGACGACACGUUCGAGAGGAUAUUCCGGCGCAUCUACGCCACGUUCGGCUCCUGCGCGCCCUACACGGUGUUCCCGGACGCGCGCCGCUUCCUGAGGUGGCUGCGGGGCAGGGGGCUCGUCGUCGGCGUCGUCAGCAACGCCGAGUACCGGUACAGGGACGUCGUCUUGCCGGCGCUGGGGCUGAACCAGGGCUCGGAGUGGGACUUCGGGGUGUUCUCGGGCAUCGUCGGCGUCGAGAAGCCCGACCCGAGGAUCUACGAGGCGGCGCUGGAGGCGGCCGGGGGCGUGGCGCCGGGGGAGGCGCUGCACAUCGGCGACAGCCUGCGCAAGGACUACGCCCCCGCGCGGAGCCUCGGGAUGCACGCGCUGCUGCUGGACCGGUUCGGGACCGCCGAGGCGGAGAGCUGGCGGCGGUCCGGCGCGCCGGUGCUCCCGGACCUCGCCGCCGCGCGGGAGUGGCUCGCCGGGGAUGUCAAGGAGGAAGCGGAGCCUGCAACGGCCAGGUGAAAUGCCCGGGUGGAGAAGUGGAGCAUUUGAAGAUUGAAAUGCUCUUCCCUGACGAGCAUUGCAAUUCCUGCUGCGACGACGGUGUGGAAGAUGCAGCGAGCCAGAGAAAAUGGUUGGCUGAAUGAGCGAGUGUUCAUCGCUCGCUGAUGUAAUUAGCUUCGAUCCGGAUGCUGGUGUGGUGAUCGCUGAUGCCAAUGGCCAAUGACCAGCAUCAUCGUGUUAUCAAGACGAGCAGUUCGUUCAGAUUUCA